CGCGGAGCCGCGGGGGCCGAAUUGAUAAGUGGCACAUUUUGGUAAACUUUUUUCCAAAUCCGCGAAGGUAUCCGGCUCCCUUGUCUUUUUUAAGGUAUCUCCCCCGGAGGCCGCCCCUCCCACACUAGUCCGCCCCAUCCAUCAUGUUCGCCUCCAUCUGCCAGCGGCGGCUCGCCCUCCGAAUCCAUCAAAUCGCUGGCCGCGGCGGCGGCACAAACCCCCUCGAAUUCAUCCCUGGCACCAUCCCUCUCGCCCACUGCUACACCUCGCCCGCCGUCGCCGAAGUCCCAAGCUCGGAGCCCUGCCCCGACACCGUUUCCUACCUCAUCUCGUGCGGCCUCUCCCCCGCCGCCGCUGGCGCGGCCACCACCGCUCAACACCUCCGCAUCCGCUCCACCGACAAGGCCGACGCCGUGCGCGCUCUCCUCAAGGUCUACGGCUUCACCGACGCGGACAUCGUCCGGACCUUGCGCAGCGCCCCGGUUAUCCUCGUCGCUGACCCCGAGCGGAUCCUCCGCCCCAAGCUCGACUUUUUCGCCUCCCUAGGCUUCGAGACCCACAAGCUCGCAACCGAGCCUUUGCUGCUCGCACGCAGCCUCGACAAGCACCUCGUCCCCGCCAUCCAGUUCCUCCGCGGGAUCAUCGGCAGCGACGACGACCUCCGCCGCGCUUUUCACCGCGUCCCCCGAGGCCUCGCUGUGGACCUCGACAACAACAUGCGCCCCGCCGUGGAAGCUCUCCGCCGCGGCGGCCUCACAGAGGCCGACAUUUCGAAGCUGCUCGUCAUCCGGUUGGGCGUGCUCUUGUCGUCACCGGAUCGCAUCAGCGAAAUCUUUGAGGAACUCAAGGCGAUGGGCAUGUCCGUCUUGGACCCACGCUUCCUCUACUGCUUCCGUGCGAUGUCCGGUGUUAAGAGGGGCUCAUGGCUGCGGAAAAUGGCAUUUUACCAGAGCUUCGGGCUGUCAGAGGGUGAGUUGCUGCAGGCCUUCAAGACGCAGCCCACGAUAUUCCUUUUCACCGAUGAGAGCAUAAAAAAGAAGGUCCGAUUCCUGCUGGACGAGCUGAAGCUUGGAAUAAGUGAUGUAAUUGCGCGGCCUGUAGUUCUAGGCUAUGGCUUGGAGAAGUGCAUCCUGCCGAGGUGCGCCGUGCUGAGUGUGUUGAUGAGGGAGGGGAGGAUUCGGAGAGAUAUCAAAUUGCUUCAGGCAUUGCUUGGCAGUUCCAGUUAUUUCGAGACCAGGUAUGUGUUGAGGCAUGCUGAUGAUGUGCCAGAUGUUGUUAAGGCAUAUCAGGGUAAGAUCAAAUUUGAAGGAUUCAAAUAGGCUGGUCUUCUAGAAUGAUAUAAUUCUAGAUUAGGCUUAUGUUUCUAGUGCCAAUGUUAAAGAUCAAGUCAUGAUUCAUGAUUCUAACAGUACUUCCGAGGACAGUUUUGCCCUAUUGGUAGCCCAUGUUACUGAGUAUCAACUACAUUUGUAGUUUAACAUCUAUCAUUUUGCAUCCUGCAGCCUAUUAAAAUCUAGAAACAUAGUACUCCCUCCGUCCCAAAAUAACUGUCUCAACUUUGUACCAUAGCUAUUACAAAUUUGUACUAAGGUUGAGACACUUAUUUUGGGACGGAGGGAGUAGAUGGUUUGUUGUUGUAUAGAGACUGCGUCAGUAUUGAAGUUUCUUGAUCUUGUAUGUUCAA